GCCGCCACUUUCAUCUUGUUCAAGUCUCCCCUGUUACAGUCAACGGAAGCCAGCUCAAGCGGCACUGGUGUUUCUAGCAAAUGAUGUCACAAGCCACAGAGCCACCGUCGGCGGCGGCACUGAUUCUAGCACUCUCCGUCACAAGCGGCAGCACUGUGUUGCCUGCAUAUUCAGGAUGACAGUAUACAACAAAUGCACAAGAUUAAUGGGAGAGGGAGGCAACGAGACAGCUAUGAUUGUGUUGGGGUCCCAGCUGGAAGCCUAUUCCCAGAGAGGGGUAACCAUUCUAGUGCUGUUCCAAGUCAGGAGGAUGGCUUCAACAUUCACGAUUUGGAGAGUUCGCCUGCUUCAUUUCCUAUCAAACCAUUGCAACUUGCAAGCGUUGAAAGUAGUUUUGAUAUUGCUGAGGAUGAUGAGGGUACAACUAGUCCUAGUUGGAAGAGGUUGUUUUGAUAUUGGUGAGGAUGAUGAGGGUUCAAGUAGUCCUAGGUCAGUUUCUUUUAAGACCAAGAAACUGGAAGGAGUGAGAGAGGGAAUUCAGGGCAAACUAGCUCUUUACCAUGUCAUCCCAUUUCUGAGCAUGAAAAGUUUUUGA